GGAGGGGGCCGCGCUCGGGGGCUGGGCGGGGGCACGAGCGGCUGGCGGGGCCGGCCGGAAGUGGGGCUCGUGCCGGCCGCGCCGAGGGGAGGGAGCCGGUGGGUGCGCAGGAGCGGGAGCCGGGCGGGAGGACCUGUUGGGAGCCGGCGCUGCGCAGGAGGAUGCUGGCGGCCAGGAGGUCGCCGGGACGAGCCGGGGCGGAGCCGCGGGCCGGGGCAGGUGCUCCCGCCCCGGAGCCGGGUUUGAGGAAGAAUCCGCCGGGAAUGAAUGGAAGGGCUUACUCCUGGUGCUGCGUUUAGGGAUCAUUCCCAGAGGGCUGGGGGCCUCUGUGGAUACUGAAGAACCAGUCUGGGUCAGCCGCGUUCAAGGCAGGUAUAUGAGUGACCUAAAGCUGCAAAAGAAGACGGAGAGAGAGCAGUGCCAGCUGCGAGCAGGGCAAGGAUGCCAAUUCCUCCUCCCCCUCCGCCCCCGCCUGGGCCGCCUCCGCCUCCCAGCUUUAAUCAGGCGAGCACAGAGCCGCCCAAGCUGAGCAGGGAGGAACAGCGGGGCCGCGGGGCUCUCCUGCAGGACAUCUGCAAAGGGACCAAGCUGAAGAAGGUGACCCACAUUAACGACCGCAGUGCUCCCAUCCUCGAGAAACCCAAAGGGAGUGGUGGUGGUUAUGGCUCCGGAACUGCGGCCCUGCAGCCCAAAGGACCUCUCUUCCAGGGCGGCGUGCCCAAGCUCAGGCCCGUGGGCACCAAGGACAUUGCAGAGAACCUGGCUGGGAAGCCCACCCUGCAGGCCCCCAGUGCUCGAGCUGCUGCCCCCCGGCCCCCCGUGUCAGCAGCCGGCGGGCGCCCUCAGGAUGACACGGAGAGCAGCCGCGCCUCCCUCCCCGAGCUCCCCCGGAUGCAGAGACCCUCGCUGCCAGACCUCUCUCGGCCCAACAGCACCAGCAGUAGCGGCAUGAAGCACAGCUCCUCCGCCCCGCCGCCGCCACCGCCAGGGCGCCGGGCCAAUGCGCCCCCCACCCCUCUGCCCGUGCACAGUGGCAAAGGCCCGGCCUACAACAGGGAGAAGCCCUUGCCGCCCACCCCCGGACAGAGGCUUCACCCGGGCCGCGAGGGGCCUCCGGCUCCACCCCCCGUGAAGCCACCUCCUUCCCCUGUGAAUAUCCGAACCGGACCAAGUGGCCAGUCUCUGGCUCCUCCGCCGCCGCCUUACCGCCAACCUCCAGGGGUCCCCAACGGGCCCUCCAGCCCCACGAACGAGUCUGCCCCGGAGCUGCCACAGAGACACAAUUCUUUGCAUAGGAAGACACCAGGGCCUGUCAGAGGCCUGGCGCCUCCUCCACCCACCUCAGUGUCCCCCUCUUUACAGAGUAACAGGCCGCCCCCCCCAGCCCGAGACCCUCCCAGUCGGGGAGCAGCCCCUCCACCUCCACCACCCAUGAUCCGAAAUGGGGCCCGGGACGCACCCCCUCCCCCUCCACCAUACCGAAUGCAUGGGUCAGAAUCCCUGAGCCGAGGAAAACCCCCGCCUCCGCCUUCCAGGACGCCAGCUGGGCCCCCACCUCCACCCCCCCCACCCCUGAGGAAUGGCCACAGAGAUUCCAUUACCACUGUCCGGUCCUUCUUAGAUGAUUUUGAGUCGAAAUACUCUUUCCAUCCGGUGGAGGACUUUCCCGCUCCUGAAGAAUACAAACACUUUCAGAGAAUAUACCCCAGCAAAACAAACCGAGCUGCCCGUGGAGCCCCACCGCUGCCACCCAUUCUCAGGUGAGGCCUGGCGUGGUCCUGUUCCUCAGGAAAAGAGCGGAGCCUCUCCUCCCUCAGCGGUCCCUGCCACCCCGCAGCCCUGCAUGAGCGCUCCCCGCGUGUUUCGCCAGUGCACCCGCCCCCUAGACUCCAGGCGUCCUCCCGCCCACCUCCAUCUAUGCAUCUUGUCUCUGGAUUGGGGGAUCAGACUCCGGGGGAGACGGGCCGCAGACCCUGCCCCCGCCGCUCCUCCCGCAAGUCCUGCCGGCCAGACGAGGACGUGCUUCCCGCCUCUGCUUUCCUCUGGGGAAAGGUGCCUUGUUGAGAUGAACUGACUCGCUGUCGGAGCAGGAGGGAGAGGGGCACCUCUGCCGCCACCUCCUGCUCGCCACAGGGAAGCUUGGGAGGGCCGUUGUCGUCUUCGUCGUCGUCAUCAUCAUCGCCACCAUCGUCGUCGUCAUCCUCGGACCACCUCGUCCUCGGAGGCUGGCAUGGCCAGGACCUGGGGCGAUGGGCACGUGUCACGGGAACGGGAGAGGAGUUUGCCAAGAAGUGAUCUGUUUUAAAGGUCGAAUUAGGAGAAAGGGCAAGGAAAUGGGUCUGCUUUAUUUUGGUCUUGAUCCCAUUCUGUGUCUCCGCCCCGGGAUAAUGUUGGAUAUAAACACUAGAUACUAAUUGGCUGAUCUAAGCAUCAAUAAUAUUAACUGGGAAUCCUUGUAGAGCUAGUCAGUCCCACUUAAGCAAAGGGACCAGGAGCCAUUUGAGUCCCCAGUCCCCUAGGGCUCCCCACCCCAUCUCCUCAAGAUGCUGAGGCUGAAGGAAGGAACAGCUCCCACGCCCCAAGCCAAAAGAGAAAAGCCACUUACAUCCAUUCCUCCCAGAUUCCCAGGCCUCCGGACCAACUCUAGUGGGUGAUAGGACAAUCGGGCCUGGUCCCUGGCCUAAACGUUGACCUUGAGUCUGCCUGGCCCUGAAGACCACUGACCCUUUUGGUCCCAUCCAGAAACUUCAGUUUCCAGGUUGGAAACUGACUCAGUGGUAGAGCACAUGCCAUAAGCCACCAGGGUUUGAACCCAGGGUGUGAGGCUCUGGGUUCUAUUCCCGGCACUCCAAAAACAGGAAAACAGAACAACCCAACACUUCAGCCCCGAUGGCUGCUCCAGGAUGACAAGGGGAGGGUGAAGCCCCUUGUGGAAGGGGCUGGCUCUGUGAGCGACUUAAAAGUAAUUCCUCAUUUGAGUUCCUCUUCGUCCCUCCUUCAUCCUCGCCUACCUGAACUACGGGGGUUAGUCCAGGGGGAAGAGCCGGGUAGGGAAGCUUCAAACCUAGUCCAAGGUCCCUCCGGGCCAAGAAGCGCUAUGGCGUAGGUGAAGCGUUUCUGGGCCCUUGGGCCCCAGCUGCCCGCAGCAGUACAUUGAUUGACUUUCGGGGCCUCUUUGCUGAAGAGUGCAGGAAACACAGGUGCUCAGACUAGGUGGCUCUGGGCGUGGCUGGGGGGGCCAGCACGGAGGACUGGGUUGACUGCAGCCUUGCUGAUCCUGGAGAUGCUACAGACCUGGGAGGUAGGGCUGCCGGCUGCCGUAAUGGUCCCUGAGAGAGAGCGGGACAGCCAGUCACAGCCUUUCACCAGCUGUGUCACAGGCGUGUGUUGGGGCUGCGGGCUGAGUCCCCAGGGCCUUCCUCUGCACGCUGAGAGAGGCCCGGCUCGGGUUUUCUGUGGAGGCCUUCCCUUCACCACCCCCUGGACCAAUUGACUCUUGGCACAAAUCACAGUUCGAUCUGUCACCAAACUUAUUAUAAUCAUUGUUUUCUUCUUUUCUUUUUUUCCAUUCCUAUUUCCCAAUGUUGGCAGUUCUCUCCCGGCAGUGCCCCCUCUUAAAGUGGCAGCACUGAGGGCGGGAAGCGAGUGGAGGGACUAGGAGAGAGGCCCAGACUCCGCAGCUGGGUCCCGGGCAGGUGCUGGCCAGGGCUGAGCCUGGACUGUGACGUCUUCCCAUUUAUUUUUGAAAUGGGAGUUGAUGCCUUUUGUACAACGUUAUCAAAGUGUUGGUUUUUGUUCUCUUGACUCAAACAUAGAGCAUCACAAGAAGUAUCACAAGUAAAAGCCAAACCCCAGCUUUCCAGUGGGGCCAACCCCUCCCUUCCCUCUGACCUGCUGCCCCGCCCCACCAUUGACCCUGUCUUUGAACUGUGUCCCUUCGGGCUUGGUUGUUUUCAUUUUCUCGGGGCCUCCUGCAAACAGGACUGGUUGUAGAUCUAGCUAGGUGGAGCGUCUUCAUAGCACAUGGCGGACAUAGCACCCCUUUAAAUGUCUUUGCCUUAUGCAUCAUUUGCUCCCUCUGUUAAUGACAGAUUUACGAUCAUGUAUAUUUACUAUUGAAGAAUGGGAAUGUGAUCCUCAUGGUUAAUGAUCUAUUUUUUACGUUGUAAAGAAGCUUAUAAUGGAGGUUUCAGGUGGACGAGCUGCAAGAGCACCAAAACUUCGAAGGCGACCUUUGACCUGCUUGUGGGAGCCUCAUCUCUUCCGUGGAAGAUGGGGCGGUCUCAUGUUGAGGCUAUUGCCCGAUCCCCUUCAUUCCCCGCAGCCUCUCCCGGAAGGAAGAGAUGGUGCCGGGCGAAGCAUCAGGAAGCGGUGUUAAGAUUUCAGCCCCUGUGUGGGUUUGGUUUUAUGAUGUCUUUUUCCUUCGUGGGAAAAACUUUGCUAGUUGUUUUUUUUUUUACCGUCCUCUCUGGGAAGCAGGAUCGUGGCCCCAGAUUUUCCAGUGAGCUUGAGGCCCCUUUUUUCCCCUCUGUGGUCACCGAGCCUGGGUCCCAGUCCUUGGGUACUUUAGCUGUGGCCUUUUCUGUCCAGCUGCAGAGCCUGGGCCUGCCAAGUGCCCAGGGCUGCCCCACCCAGUGGGUCUAAGGCUGCUGUCUCCAGGAACUCACCCCCAAUGCCACUCCCCUGCCCCCCAGCAGGCAGAGGCCAGGAGACUACACUGGCCACUGCCAUGGGGGCUUCCUUUUACCCCCUGGCUUCCCAGCUUGACACCCAGACUUACCUCCAGGGAGAGGUGAGAAGAAAUUGUAAAUAGACUUGCUACAGAGCAACUCAGGGCUGGGGUAUGUUUGAAUUCUCCUGAUCACUUGAAAUAAUUUGUAGACUGAGUGCUUAUGGGAGUGGGGGGGGAGUGUGAUUCCAGGGUCCGUCUGCAAAGUUAUGGGGGGGGGAGUAUAGGGCAUCCGAGGUCCUUGCAUGGCCCUACACUGGGCUGCCUGUCCUGGAAACCCAACCUCCGAUCAGCUACAAAUCGAAUUCUUCACAUUCCAGUUAUAGUCUUUCCUCCCUGUUGAAUCUCCGUCCAGCUACGUGGUCAUGGGGGGCUUUCUGGAAGCCUCCCUAAUGUAGGGAAUGGAAGGCACGAGAACUCUGCUUUCAGGAGUCAUCUCUUAAAAGCGAAACAAAAGGAAACUCUGACCACCUUCAAAACAGACAAAAACAAAACAUAAAAGACUAAUUGUUGAACUGCAAGAAGGGGUUGCUUCCAUUUAACUCCACGUUCAUUGUGCCUUUACUUGUGUUAGAUUUCUGUGCUUGCUUCCUCUUUCCCUCUUUGAAGCAAUUAAAAUCUUCCUUGAUGAUUGCUGCUUCCUUCUUUUUCCUCUUGUUUCUGACAGUUUAGUGGGGGCCCCCCAUUAUCUUCAAUCUCAUUCCACUGGUGGCAGAGGGGCCCUCGGCUGCUUUUCUCACAUCUGACGUAUGUCCUUUUCCACAUCAGCCAGCAUGGACGUCAUAGUCAACACUGAAUAAAAGGCUAGCUAGAAUGACACGUGUGUAGCGCGUGUGCGUGUAUGUGUAUGGCCGUCUUUGCAUGUGGAUCCAUUGCUUUUAAAGAGAUAAUUUAUUGUCUGAUUUAUUUUGACAUUAUACUCUUCGGUUACAGCGCUCCCGCUCCCAACUUAGCAUUGAUCCUAAACCUCCUUCCCCUGAAAUUGUAUAAUCUGGUCUCAGGUUGGAUUCUUUGGUACGAUUCUUCUGAAUGCUGUGCGGUUUUAUUAAAACUUGUUUUAAAACAAAACAUACCAAGAAAACAAAUGACAACUUUGUACCCGUGUCUGGAAUCCUGCCUCAGGUGGUGGCCUGGAGGGGGAAAAAAACUCAGAAGCUCGGGUUGAUGAGUGGGUAGACUGAAGCACUCGGUAAAAGAAGUACAUUGCUUUGGGCAGUCACGUCUGUGAGCUCCUCCCCUCCUAGGAUUUUUGAAAGUCACGGUGGUGGUUAGGUGAUGGUUACCCAUUCUGAUCGCAUUGGUCAUCUUCCUGCUUUGCCAUCUCAUGUCCCAUUCCCCCAUGUUUCAGGAACCCAAGCCCUUCUGGCCUCACGCCCAUCCCUUGGUGUCCUUUAGAAUUUUUUUUUUGUUCUCUGCUUGCCCGGCAGAUUCUCACACUGCGGAGUAGAAACUCAUGCGGGUGUACAUUUUUUUGUGGGUGUUGGCUGGUUUCUUCAUUCCUCUUUAGAUCGGAAUCUGGGCUGGCUUUCUCAGACUCUGAUUUUAGGUGCAAAAACUAACCCAGACGGUCUCAGUGUACUGUGGUCAGCCAACAUUAAUCACCUCUAGGACUUAAUGAGUGUAACUUGCACUUUCAUCACUUGAAAAGGUCGGGAUUGUUUCCCAUCCUGAUUCACCAUGGGUGUGUGUAUGAAUCACUCACAUAAUAGAUAGAAAAGCCCAUCCGGGAGGGUGAAGGCGGGACGGGGGGAAAAGCCCUCCUUCCAUUUUCAUCCAGACUUGCCAGGUUGGCUGAGUUUCUGAUUAUUUGUCCAUUGUUAUUAAUCUGAUUAAUAAACUACCUAUUUAUUGA